AUGGUACAUGGUCAAUCAAUGUCAUGUUCAUGCAAUUUAGAUGCAGCGGGUAUGACAAUGAUUUGUACCAAUGUUCAUUCACUUAUUGCUUAUCAACAAUGUAUGCAUGAACAACUUAAUAUACAAUCAGAUUUUAAAUUAAGACGUGGUGGUGUUAUUACAAAUUUAACAAUUAUUCAUCAUCAAUUACGUAGUUUAUCUAGUGGUUUACUUCAAUUUUCCUAUGGACAUAAUAAUUUUUACCAAUUGAGUGAUUUACGAUAUUUAUAUAUUAUGCACGGUACAUUAAGACAUAUUGAAAAUGGAGCUUUAGGGUUGAUUGAACGAGCUCUUGAAUAUCUUGAUUUAUCGAAUAAUGAAUUUCAGCAUAUGCCUCAAAAUGAGAAUGAACAAUAUAGCAAUCUUAUAAAACUUGUUCUUUCAAAUAAUCAAAUUCAUCGUUUAACAAUAUCAGACAUACGAUCAUAUAAUCGUUUACAACAACUUGAUUUAUCAUUUAAUCGUCUUCAAUAUGUUGAUAUGUUAUUAGUUAAUCAUAUAAAAAAUCUAAAACAAUUAUUUCUAAAUUCAAAUAUGUUAAGAACAUUAACAAAUAAUAUAACAUUUCCACUUAAUUUUCAUUUAAAAUUAAGUUCAAAUCCAUUAGAAUGUGAUUGUCGUCUUCGUUGGUUGCGUAAUGCAUUAAAUCGUGUUGAAUAUCCUAUUUAUCAUGAUGAACCACAAUGUGAAAUGCCUAAAGCAUUAGCAGAUAAAAAAAUUGUUACAUUACGUGAUGAACAAUUUGUUUGUGGACCAAUUAUAUCAAAACCUGAUUUGACUAUGGUUUCUACAACUACUGGUGAAGUUGCAACGCUUCGAUGUGAUGUCUAUUCUGAUCCAGCACCUGAUGUAUGGUGGACAUUUCAAAAUAAAAUUAUUGGAAAGAUUAUAUCAACUGUCAGUGAACCUGAUAUUCAUGCAGGGUCAUAUACAAUACGUUUUUCAUGUUUAUCAUCUUAUAGUGAACUAUCAUCUUUAACAUGUCUUAAUAAAACAACAACAUUAACAAUAUCUAAUAUUGGUACAGAACAUAAUGGAACAUAUAAUUGUGUUGCUGCUAUAAGAAAUCAAGGACGUUCAGAUAAUGAAUAUCUUUCCUAUGAAUUGCGUGUUCGACGAUCAUCAUCAUUAACUGAUAAUUCAUUUCUUAUUUGGAUUAUUGGAAUAUUUGUUUUAUUAUUUCUUUUAAUUAUUCUUUUACUUUGUAUAUGUUGGAUUAUACGUUGUCAUCGUUCAAGUCAACAACAAGCUCAAAGAAAUAAAGCAUUAUUAUUUGAUACAAAUCAUCAUCAUAAUGGUGUAUUGUUAACAAAUGGUAAUAUGUAUAAAGAAAAAAAUGAUGAACAGCACAGUUUUGUUACAAAUGGUAGUUAUGAUCCAUAUGAUAUGAUUGAUUCAAGAUCACAACUUGGUCCACCAAUGUAUAGUGAAGUACGUAUGGUUGAUUCAACACCAUUAAGAAGUAUUGGUGGAGGCUCAAUGUCAUCAUCAAUACCAUUACAUGAUACAGCAACACUUAUGCGACGUCAUCAUCCACAUGAUCCAUUUUAUGAUAGUUAUAGAUCAGAUAGACAACUUUAUGAACAAGUUUAUCGACCUUCACCAAUGGAACCAGUUAUUGUUGAUGAAUUUGAAGAUGAAAUGAUUUUUCCAACAGGUUAUGAAGAAGAUUAUGAAUAUCGUGAAGAUAUUAUAAAACCUAAUCAAGCUGUUGAUCCUCGACGACAACCUAAACAACAACUUACAAAUCAUGAUCGAUCCGAUGGAACAAUUAUUCUACCUUCCAUACCACCACAAACUUCUGUAACUGUCAAUGGCAACCAUACAUCUCAUCAAAAGUUAAUAUUAACACCAAAUACAAAACAAUCUCAUCAAAUAAUAAAUUCAUUAAGUUUUGAUUCGAACUAUAAAUUUGACAGAUCUGAAUCUCAAUAUGCAGGUCUCGUUGAAUCACAACUCUAG